CUCAAGAAAAAGCUCAACUUUCCUCUCUAUGCAACAGUGACACCCCUCCACCUCUCUCCUCUGCCUCUCCUUCAACACUGGAAUAGUACUGGCAUUGAACUCAUCUUCUGUGCCAAAAAAAAGUCAACUUUGAAGGAGGAAGAAGAAGAGGUGGAGGGAGGAGGAGGAACAACAGGGACCCCUUUCUCUAGAGUGAACUUUUCACAACGACCUUGUCUGCAUCUCGGUCUUCUUUUGUCUCACUGAGCAAUGAGUCCAAGUUGUGACUGCGCCUCCUCUAUCCUCCUGUGCGCUGAGGACAACGACAGCAUCCUGGGCUUCGACGAUGGUGAGGAGGAGGGCGGGCAUAGGCCUGGAUGGGUUUCUGAACCAAAAAGGUGCGAUUUUUAUGGGGAUAUCCUCGCGGGUUUUCCCCUGCAGUCGGAUGAGUUGUUGAGCUUGUUGGUCGAGAGAGAGCAGGAGCAUCUGCCGAGGAAGGACUACCGCGAGAGGCUGUGUUCUGGGGCGUUGGACUCCUCCAUCAGGAGAGAUGCUAUUGAUUGGAUUUGGAAGGUUCAUGCUCAUUACAAUUUUGGACCACUGAGUGCCUAUUUAUCUGUAAAUUACUUGGAUAGGUUCCUCUCUUCCUAUGAUCUCCCACAAGGCAAGGCUUGGAUGACACAACUAUUAUCUGUGGCCUGCCUAUCUUUGGCUGCCAAGAUGGAGGAAACUGAAGUUCCUCUGUCCCUGGAUUUACAGGUUGGUGAGGCAAAAUAUAUAUUUGAAGGAAGGACAAUUCAGAGAAUGGAGCUUCUGGUGAUGAGCACCCUCAAAUGGAGGAUGCAAGCUGUGACUCCUUUCUCAUUCAUAGAUUUCUUCCUCCACAAGUUCAAUGGUUGUGGUGCACCUAGCAAGUUGUCACUUUCUCGAUCUGCCGAACUCAUCCUGAGCACGAUUAGAGGCAUUGAUUUCCUAGCAUUCAGACCCUCAGCAAUUUCUGCAGCCAUUGCACUGUUGGUUUUGGGAGAAACCCAGAUUGUGGAUGUUGAGGAGGCCUUGUCUUGUUGCUGUCAUGUAGCUAAGGAGGGGGUGUUGGGAUGUUAUGAAGUGAUUCAAGACAAAGUAUUGAUGAGGAAGCAGUCAGCCAAAGACCUAGUCUCCUCGGUAUCCUGUGUGCCCCAAAGCCCUGUUGGGGUGUUGCAUGCUGCAUGCCUGAGCUACAAGAGUGAUGAUGCAACUGUUGUGUCACAUGCAACAUGUCUUGGUCUCUCUCCAGCUAGCAAGAGGAGGAAAACAACCAGAUGAUCAAUGUCAUGGAGUUUUUGUGUGUACCUGAUCUCUUAAGAUGUUUUAGCACCUUGAAAAAAACAAGUGUUUUGGUUUGGUUAGGCAGGAUUUUGGUGUGUUCAGAAAGAAUGCCACUAGCUUGUUCAGAUUGGAAAGAACAAAUCAGAAUGAGAAAUGCCAAACAUAUAAAUCUGAGAGGAGAGAGACACCUCUCCGGGGAAUAAUGUAUUGGUUUUCUUUGCAAAACGAGGAAACCUGGAAACAAAUCUCUUCAAGGAUCAAAGGUGAACACAGACCAGAGAAAAAGAAAGCUGAAUGGAAAGUGAAGAGAAAAAAGAGCAGGGAGUGGAUUUCUUGUGAGAAUUAUUGUUCAUUUGUCAUUAUCUGCUUAAAAAAUAGUUUUAUGGUAUUUCUAAUGCCUGUCACCCUACUAUUUCA